AUGUCACAUGGCUUGACAAUUAUAAUUUGGAUAGCUUUUAGGAUAUACUACUACUGUUACAGUAUACUUAGUAUUAGAAGAUGGUUUGCUGUUGGCUCUUUCCUGUUCUUAAAAGGAAUGGGUGCAAAGAAAUGGUUUAAGAUUAUAGUCAAAUUGAAGAAAUCGAAGAAAUCCAAAGAAGAAAAGGUACUGUUUACUGAUGAAAAUUCAAAUGAAUGCUCGAACGGGAAGCAAAGUAGUCGUGAAGAGUCAAGUAGCAUUCCGAAUGAAGGUUUGAUGAUGGACCGGACAGUUCCGUCAAAGUUGAUGGACGAUGUAGCAGCUACUAGGAUUCAAAAUGCAUUUCGUUCAUUUAUGGCAAGAAGAGCAUUACACCAUCUAAGGGGAGCAGUGAAAUUCGAAGCUUUAAUUCAAGAUCACCUGGCCAGAGAGCAAACAGCAACUGCACUAAGCUAUAUACAUUCGUGGAGCAGAAUACAAGAACAAAUUAGAGCUCGAAGAAUCUGUAUGAUAACAGAAGCCAGGAUAAAGAAAAAGAAAUUGGAAAACCAGUUAAAACUUGAGGCUAAGAUUCAGGAGCUUGAGGUGGAAUGGUGCAGUGGUUCUGAAACCAUGGAAGAGAUACUUACCAGGUUACAUCAGCGAGAGGAAGCGGCAAUUAAACGAGAGAGAGCCAUGGCUUAUGCCUUUUCCCAUCAGUGGAGGCCAAACUGUAGCCAGUAUUUUGGUCAGGCUUCUUAUAGCCUUGGUAAAGAAAGUUGGGGUUGGAGCUGGACGGAGCGUUGGGUUGCAGCACGUCCUUGGGAAGUCCGGGUUCGAGUUCAGCCCACCAAAACAAAGAAACUCAACGGCCAUAAUCAAAAACUCAAAUUAGACAAGAUGGACUACAACGAAAGCAAAAUAGCCUUGGGUAAACCUGCCCUGACAAACGGGAAAGAAACUGGAAAAGGAAAGGAAAACGGUACUUCAGGGCUGCCAAAGAACAUCGUUACCAAAUAG